AUGACAUCCUAUGUCGUCUACAAGAUCCCAAGAAGUUUCUGGGACCCGACCUUACAGAGUACCUAUCUAAUCAUCGACGCUCUCGACGAAUGCAGCACCGGGUUAUCCCUUCUACUUGACCUAAUUGUCCAGAAGUCGUCUGCUUACCCACAUGUCAAAUGGAUUGUCCCCAGUCGUAACUCGCCCCACAUCGAGGAACGCCUGAGCGCUGCGGACCAGCAAGUAAACCUUUCGCUGGAGUUGAAUGAAAAGUCCGUCUCCGAAGCCGUUACUACAUACAUCCAGCACAAGGUUCAGGAACUUACGAGCCUCAAAAAAAUACAAUAA